AUCAUUUUUCCGCACAUGUGCGAGUGGUUGGAGCCAUAUUGGUUUCGCGGGGACCACAUCUAUUAUCCAGGAAGAAAGUGAUAACCUGGGUACAAAAUUCCGGUUUUCUUUCCGCGAAGAACCACAUGUCUUAUUAAGCCAUCAUGCCAACUUACUUUCAAAGACCAGAAAACGCCCUCAAGAGGGCAAAUGAAUUCAUUGAUGUUGGAAAGAAACAGCGGGCUCUAGAUGCUUUGUAUGACGUAAUCAAAAGCAAGAAACACCGAACAUGGCAGAAGAUUCACGAGCCGAUCAUGGAGAAGUACCUCCAGUUGUGUGUGGAGCUGAGGAAGAGCCACAUCGCCAAGGAGGGGCUGUACCAAUACAAGAACAUCUGUCAGCAGGUAAACAUCAAGUCUCUGGAGGAUUUCAAAGCACACAUGAUUGGCCGAUAUAAACAGAUUGUUGAGUCACACCAUGUCGACAUCGACGACCUUGACAACCCAGAUACUCCAGAAAGCCUGCUGUUGAAGGCGGUGAGCGGUGAGGACACUCAGGACAGGACUGACCGGGCCAUCCUGACCCCGUGGGUCAAGUUCCUGUGGGAGUCAUACAGACAGUGCCUUGAUCUACUGCGUAAUAAUUCCCGCGUGGAGCGACUGUACCAGGAUAUCGCACAGCAAGCUUUCAAGUUUUGUUUGAAGUACAACAGGAAAACAGAAUUCAGAAAGCUAUGUGAUAAUCUGAGAACUCACCUGGGUCACAUCCACAAACACCAGCACCAGGCGACGGCCAUUAACCUGAACAAUCCAGACUCCCAGGCCAUGCACCUGGAGACUCGUCUGGAACAGCUGGAUAGUGCCAUCAAGAUGGAGCUCUGGCAGGAGGCUUUCAAAGCAGUGGAGGACAUUCACGGCCUGAUCCAGCUGUCUAAGAAAUCGCCCAAGCCGUCGCUGAUGGCUAACUACUACCAGAAGCUGGGAAUGGUGUUCUGGAAGUCGGGCAGCGGUCUGUUCCACGCCAGCACGCUCCACAGGCUGUACAUCUUAUCCAGGGAGCAGAGAAAGAAUCUGUCUGCCGACGAGUUACAGAAAAUGGCCUCCAAAGUUUUGUGUGCCACCCUAGCUGUUCCUAUCCCUGCCUCCAGGAACACGAUAGAUCAGCUGUUAGAAACAGACGAGGCCACAAUGGAGAAGAAAAGGAGACUGGCCACCCUUCUGAUGCUGAAUACAGCUCCCACCAGGCAGUCCAUGAUCAAAGACCUGGUGAAGUACAGCAUUAUCCAGCACGUCCACCCGGAGUUACAGAACCUGUAUAAAUACCUGGAGGUGGAGUUCCAUCUAAAACCAUUUUAAUGUGAACUUCAAACAAUAUGUAUAUCAAGAGUGAAAAAUCGUCAUAUAUUCAUCAGCGAAAACGAGAAAAUGAAUUUGCUGCAAUUUCAAUAUAUACCAGCCCUGGAGGAAAUUAUUAUCACCAGGGUCUUAAAACAGGUCUCCCAGGUGUAUCAGACCAUUGCUUUCUCCCGCCUGGCAGACCUGAUUCCAUUCGCUUCCAAGUUCCGUCUGGAGAGAGUCAUUGUGGACGCAGCCAAGACUCUGGAAUUACAGGUAAGAAUCGACCACAGAAGCAAGUCGCUGAGUUUUGGUACAGAUUUAAUGGUGGCUCAAAAAGAGGACGUUCCAGAAGGGCCAUACAUACAGAGCAUGCCCAGCGAGGGCAUACGUAAUCAGCUGAUCUCCAUGGCGAGAGCUCUCCACCGCGCAGUGGACAGGAUUGAACCUAAAGAUAGAAAGGUACAAAGACAUGAGCUUCAGGUACAGAUUGCCAACAGCUACAGGAUGACAGCUAAAAAGGAGCAUCAGAGGAUCUUACAGAGGAGACAGAUUAUAGAGGACAGAAAGGAGCAGCUGGAACAUCUCAAUGACCAGAGGGAGCGUGAAGAACAGGAGCAGAUAGAGGAGCAGAGGAAGAAGGCGUACGAUGCGGAGAUGGCUCGACUGGAACGGGAGGCUAAAGAGAGAGAGAGACUGAGAAAGAUAGAGGAGCACAAGGAAAUCCAGAAAAAACACGCCAUGGAGAGGAUCGAACAGCUCAAAAAGACCGACAUAGGGGCUAAAGUCCUACAGAACUUAGAUGAAGAGGACUUUGCCACGUUAGAUGUAGAGGACAUCAUGGCUAAGCAAGUGGAACAGUUAGAGAAAGAGAAGAAAGAACUGAUGGAUCGACUCAAAAACCAGGAGAAAAAGAUUGACCAUUUUGCACGAGCCAAGCGAUUAGAAGAAAUCCCCCUAUUGAAAGAACAGUAUGAUAAAGAGAAGAAGAUGGCCCGCGAAUUCUUUGAACAACAGGAAGCAGAGAAGAUUGAGCAACUGAAGAAAGAUCGUCAGAUGGCCUUGGCCAGUCGUGAUCGUCUCCAGAGGAUGAAGGCUGAGAAAGAGGAAUUCAUGAGUCUACUGAGGGGCCAGAGGAAGGAAAUAUUCAAGAAAAAGUUGGUGGAAUUUGAGACACGAGUGGCUGAGGAGAGGAAGAAAAGGCUGUAUGAGAGAAAGGAGAAGCGAAGAGAGGAGAGGAGACAGAGGUGGUUACAGGAGAAAGCUGAGGAGGAACAGAGGAGGAGGGACGAACAGCUCAAACGAGAACGAGAGGAGAAGGAGAGAGAAGAAAGAGAGAAGUUGGAGGCAGAGAAGAAGGAAUAUGAAGAAAGACUGGCCAAACUGGAGGAACAGGCCGAGAAACAGAGAAGGAGGGAGAGAGAGAUAGAGGAGAAAGAAGCCAAACGCAGGAUGGAGACAGACAGAUCAGGCGAUGAUCAGAGAGAUGAUCGCACCAGAACCCCUGGACGUCCUGGAGAGAAGCCAAGUUGGCGAGAUCGUGAACGCGAGAAGGAGGACGACAGUCGAGCCUGGCGACCAACUCGGGAACCAGGAACCUCAAGCUGGAGAGAAAGGGAGAAACAGAGAAUCGAUGCCUGGAAGAAAGAGCCUAGUCCCACCAAAAGAUUUGAUGAUGAAGAGGAGCCUAAAGGAGAUAGAUGGAGGGCAGGACCAAGAGAAGACAGACCCCCAGCAAGAGGGUCCUCACCACCCAGGGACAGCUGGAGAGGGGGCAGGGGUGAGGAUAGAGGCCCCUCAAGGGAUGGAGGUGAUCGUGGUGGAUUUGGAGAGCGCAGAAGAGAUGAUUUUGGUAGAAGGGAUGAUAGAGAUUUCGGACGAAGAGACGAUAGAGAUUUUGGACGUAGAGAUGAUAGAGAUUUUGGAAGAAGAGAUGACAGAGAUUUUGGCAGAAGAGAUGAUAGGGACUUUGGCAGAAGAGAUGACAGGGACAGAGAUUUUGGAAGAAGGGAUGAUAGAGAUUUUGGAGGAAGAAGAGAUGAUAGAGAUAGAGAUUUUGGAGGAAGGAGAGACGACCGUGACUUUGGUCGUAGAGAUGACCGUGACUUUGGUGAUCGUCGUAGAGAUGACUUUGAUCGUCGUCCACCUGCUAGAGAUGACAAGGAUCGUGACUUCGGUGACAGGAGAGCUCCACCUAGAGAGGAUCGCUGGAGAUCAGACAGAGAUCGCGAGGGAUUCUCUGACAGAGCCCCGCCCAGGGAUGACUGGGGUAGAGGUGGUGGAGGUCGAGAGGACAGAUUCGGCGGAGAUGAUCGCCGAGGGGGAGAUUCCUGGAGAGACAGACGUAAGGAGGAGGGAGAGGAGAGGGGAGGAGGAGCAUGGAGAGGGGGAGGAAGAAGUGGGGGAGAAGGCUGGAGGGACAGGGCCGGGGAUAAAGAGAGGGAUGGCUGGAGGGGACGAGAGGACAGAGGGUCGGCUAGAGAUGACCGGGGUCCAGGCAGAGAAGACAGACGCGAGGACUUCAGGAGAGGUGAUGCCCCAUCAGGUCGUGAAGGAGGAAAAAGCUGGAGAGAUAAGCAGGCAGACAGUGGAGCCAAGAGGGGGCCAGGAGAUGAAGAUGAUGGAUGGACCACUGUACGCUACUGAGGAGGGAGUGAGACUUGUUACUGGAACAGCUGCAGUUAUUGUGUUGUUAUGGAAACAGAUGGAGUUAUUGUGUCGUCAUGGAAACUUGUUACUAAAUCAGAUGGAUUUAUUGUGUUCCCAUGGAAACUUGUAAUGAAAGAUUGUCAUGUAAAGACCAUUAUUAAAAAACUAUUUACUAUUUAUUAUUCAUAAAUUAUGUGUUGUAAUGUCAAAAGCCUAACUAUUGAUCAUGUAAUAUUUUGAUCUGUUAUAUGUGAUGAUGCGUUUAGGGAAUAGGGAACUGCAUUUGAACACAUUGAUGUAAAAAUCAUGUAUCUCUUGUAAUAAUAUAAAUUAAAUUGAAUUUUUGUCAAUUUGCUUUGAAUUUGAAAGAUAAAUUUCUGUUUGAUUGAAUAUAAAAACCUUGACAUUGAGACACUGUGACAUUAAUUUUGUCCAUUUUCCGAGAUUGUCAAUGCCAUGACAUUGUCAUAAAUAGCCAAUUAAAAAUGUCAAAUUUUUAUUACUUGGUAAAAAUGAAUGCAUGAUGUCUAGUGCUAUUAUUAAAAUUCAGCAUUUACA